AUGAAGAAACUCGUUCAGAAAGCUAAAGCUCACAUACGCUCAACCUCCUCCUCUUCUCCUACUUCCCCUUCAGACCCAUCACACCCAAUCACUAAUAUCCACCUCCCCCAUCCCUCUACUAUCUCCCCGCCCACUCCCCUCGAAAUCCUACGCUAUCGCCAUCAUUUCGGCGUCAAUCUGGGUUCAAUCUUCGUCCUUGAACCAUGGCUCUUCCCCAAAUUCGCAGGAGGCGCAUCAUCCGAGCUCCAUGCUGUGACAUCUUCCGUGAAAACCAAUGGUGUAGAAACUACACGUCAGAAAUGGGAAGAACAUUGGAAGAACACAGUCACUGAUAAGGCGUUUGGAUGGUUGGCCAAAUCGGCAAAGGCGACUAGUAUUCGAUUACCCAUUGGAUAUUUUACUCUCGGACCAGAAUUUUGCAUCGGGACGCCUUUUGAAAUGGCGAAAGAUGUAUAUCAAAAUUCCUGGACAAUCGUUAAGGAAUUCAUUACUCGAGCUCGUGCGUUUGGUGUUGGGGUUCUCAUUGAUCUUCACGCUUUACCUGGUGGUGCGAAUGCAGAUAUGCAUUCUGGAUCUAGCACUGCGAGAGCGGAACUCUGGGGCUCUAAAAAGAAUCUCGAUCUUGCGAAAAAGGCACUCUUAUUCAUCGCCAAAGAAUGUAAAGAUCUGGAUGGUAUAAUCGGCAUUCAACUCUGCAACGAAGCAUGUUGGGAUGCCGGAAAGAGAGGAAUGUAUAUUUUCUACGACUCCGUCAUUCGAUCAAUUUCUGAAAUUGAUCCGGAGAUGCCGAUCUAUAUAAGUGAUGCGUGGGAUCUCUCUUUUGCUUUGAAAUGGGCUAAAGAGCGAAAUUGGAGAUCUGGAAAGAUUCCUGCUAAUCCCGUCGUCAUAGACACACAUAAAUACUUUACCUUUGCAGAUAAACAUCGUUCACAAGCCGCACAUGACCUUAUUCGUCAGAUCCCAAACGAACUGGGUGAACUGCCUAAUUGUAGUCCUAGCGCCACGCAUAUAUCUUCUGGCGGAGAAACACAAGUAAUAAUCGGUGAAUAUAGUUGUGUACUCGAUGGGAAAAGCUGGGAAAAAUGUCACCCUGACAUGAAAGAGGGUCUAGUUCGAGAAUUCGGACAACUCCAAUGCAAGAAAUGGUCCGAUAGGUGUAGCGCAGGAAGUUAUUUCUGGACAUGGAAGAUGGAAUGGAUGGACGGCGGUGAAUGGGGAUUUGUAGAACAAGUCAAGAAGGAAAAUAUCGUUGCUCCAGUCUACAUGAGUUGGCUCGUCGAAGAAAUUAAAGACAAAUUGAGGAAAGUAGACGAACAAAAAAUAAAUCUUAUGGAGAAAAUGGUCAAGGAACAUGUAGAUUAUUGGAACAAUACGAAUCCUGGGAAGAAGUUUCAGCAUGAUUUGUAUCAAAAGGGGUGGGAAACGGGGUGGGAAGAUGCUAGGGCAUUCCUGGGAUCGAGGGGGGAAAAGGGAGGUGCGGAUAAAAUAGGUUGUUUGGAGAUAUGGAUUAAGAAGCGGGUGAUAGAAUUUGGAGAGAGGGGAGAAUUUUUAUGGGAAUGGGAACAGGGGUUUAGGUUGGGGGUUAAGACUUUUGAAAAUUGUGCUGAGAUUGAUUGA